GGGAGGGGUGCGCCCCGCUGCCCCCACCCCGCCGCCUCCAGCCGCGCCCACCGCGCCGCUCCAGACCUGUGGCUGCACCGAGCGGCCCAUUCAGUUGAGCCCCGCCGGCGCAGCAGAAUACGGACUGCAGCUGCAGACAGCUCUGCUCUACAGCACCAUGGUGGACUUUCUGACCGCGUUCUGCGUCCUCGCGGCGCUGGCAGCUGUCGCUCUCGCUGCUGUCUACAGAUACCUGACUUCGACCUUCGACUAUUUCGAGAAGAGAGGCAUUGUCGGCCCUAAGCCUCAGCCGCUCUUUGGGAACUACUACAAACUUUGGAACAAGGUGUUCGGCGCGGAAGACGUGAAGAAUGUUCAUCAGUAUGGGAAAGUGUUUGGGACGUUCGAUGGUCGCACGCCCAACCUGAUCGUUGCGGACGCCGAUCUGGCCAAAGCCGUUCUGGACAAGGAGCGAGACCAUUUCCGCUCGCGAAGGGCUGCAUCUGUCAAGAAUCCUCUAGUGCAGAAGAGCCUUUCUAUUUUGGCAGGGGAAGUAAAAGGAUCACCUGAUGUUGUUGUGGCCCUGAGCCGUGAGAAACUUAGGAAGCUUACUCCAAGGAUUUUGAAGUCUCUAGAGUUUCUCACACAAAAUCUUAAGAAAUCCAUUGAAGCUUCAGAGCCAAGCAUUGACAUUACAUAUGCUGUUCGUAACUUCCUUGCUCAUUCAUUGGCUCUGACUCUUCUGGACAAGGAUUCACAGGCAGAAGAGCCCAAGGUGGACCAAAAUGCACUUUCUGGAACUCUAGAACAAGUUCUUAAAAUUGACAAUCCCACUUAUCCAGUUGCAUCUUUUCCAUUUGUUCUUCCUGCAUUUUACUCUCAAGACUGUUUUGUCCUGCGAAAUAGUGCUGCCAGGUAUCUCAUUCCUUUAAUCCAUAACACUGUUAAGGAAAAAAUCAGUGCAGAGAAGUCAACAGAUGAGAAGAGAGUUCCUGAUCUGGUGGACUUGCUUUUGGAAACAGUUUCCGAACAGAAGCAGACAACAAAAGAUGAAGGCAAAGAGGUAGAAAGUGCUGCUACUGUGAAUGAAGAAGCCAUUGUAGCUCAGUCACUAGCUGUUCUUCUGAAUACAGCACAGGCAACGAAGUCCACAAUUGCACUGUCUGUUGCCACAUUAGCUUCCAAACCAGAGAUUCAGGAUAAACUGCAUUCUGAACUAAACAAGCAGUUGCAGACAUCUACUGAGAUAUCCUUUGAUACAGUGCAGAAUGCACAGUAUCUUGACAUGUUCCUGAAUGAGAUGCUUCGUUUGUAUCCUACUGAAUACAGGAUUGAGCAUGAAUGCCUGGAAAACACUGAGUUCGAGAAUCUGAAGAUUGAGAAGGGAACCAUAGUAUCUAUUCCAGUGUAUGCUCUUCAUCACUUGGAGGACUACUAUCCAGAGCCACAUACUUUCAAUCCAGACAGGUUUUCUCCAGCCAUUGCUGAAAAGCGUCACCCAUACACAUACCUACCAUUUGGUCUGGCUGGUUCCAAUACAGCUAAUGUCAGUGUUCAGUAUGGUGUCCUUGUAGCUAAGUUGGCAGUUGCAACACUAAUCAAGAACUUCAAGUUUGUGCCAGCUGAGGAGACUCAGAUACCACCACCUUUGGAGGAGGGGAUCACUGGAGUCAUGAAGCCAAAACCAGUGAAAAUUAGUGUGGAGCUUCGCAAAUAAGCACACAUAUGAGAUCACAAGGCUGAAUGGAACACAGUGUAUUUUUGACAGCAACUAAAUUAAAUUUUGUAUGUCAUUGAGCCAUUAAUGUUAACACUGAUAUUUGUGUUUACACAUUUCUAGGUUAAUUUUAUUUUUACUACCACUUUUGUAUUAUCACAUAUAAGACUUUUCAAGGCUCAGUUUACAGUUUUGAUAAAAGGGGAGAAAUAUUUCAAGACUUCUUCAAUACAAUAUGAUUAUUGGUUUGACUUCUUAAGAAGUGCCUAAAUUACUGUAUAUUGGUAGAGGAGGACAUUCCACAUUGCAGAGCAGCAAUUAAUAUUAUGUGCAGGCCAGUUAAAAGGAAAGACAGGUUCAUAAGAAUAUUUUCAACUUCAUAUGGUAAAUUGAAAUUGUGGCUAGGUUAGAAACCUCUUAAUACGCUAAAAGUAUGUGUAUCUAUAUAAAUUAUGCUUAACAAUCGACAAAAGUAUGUAACUGCUUAAGCAUUGUUUCACAUGGGAGCAACAAGGAAUGUAUUUCAAAUGUAUCUAAGUAGCUUAAUACAUUUUCAUUAAACCCCACGAACUGCCAAUAACAUUGAGUUGCUGGAUUUGUUUGUUCUGUAAAAUGGCUGAAUGUGACCCUGUAGGGUAUAGUUUUCCUGUAGCAAAUUCUCAUAAUAGAUAUGAGACACUUACACAAAUUAAAACAUAGAAAAUUCUACAUUUUUGUUGAUGUAGUUGUGACAUUUUUCAGUUAAACAUACUGAUAGUCAUGUAACUUGAAAUAUUUUCAAAUGCUUCUUAAUGGCAGCUAUUGAGACAUACACCAGUAAAAGACUGCAUAUCAAAAACAGUGUCAUUACUGGUCAUGUAUGCCCAUGUAUCAGCAUAAAUAAAUGAUAGAACCAAUGAUAAGUGUAAUAAAAUGAGACUGAAUGCUAUGGUGCUGAAUUUAUGAGAACAGGUAUUUUUUUAACAUCUAUAUAAUAAUUUUUAAAGAAAAUAAAUUUCUUGCUGUUAUUACUUAACAGGACAUCUAGCCAAGACUAGAAACAAGCAACAGCAUAUAAGAAUCAAAUGCCUUGUAGAACAAAGCCUGUAUGUCACAGUGUGAUGUUGGUAUUCCAAGUUUGGUUUCACGAGGAUACACACCAGUGAAUAAUUAUGAAAAAGUAUUGUUAAUGGUACUUAUAAACAUAAUUCAAGUAUGUAUUUGAUUGCUGCACUGUAAACAUCAUUUCUUUAAGGAGUACAUGUAAUUUAUGAUAAAUUUUUGUCAUUAAUUUUGUGGAGAUCUGUCUUCUUACUUCUGAAUAAAAAUUUUCUUUCACACAAAACUA